AACAAAAUCACCAAGACCAAUAGCUUCCAGGAUUUAGGAUGAUGGCAGUAAAAUCAGCAGCAGUGUUAGCUUUCUCUUGCUUAAUUGCCCCUUUUUUCUUUUCCGGAGCUGAUGCCGGAGGGAUUGCUAUCUACUGGGGACAGAACGGGAACGAAGGUACAUUAGCAGCCACUUGCGCCACCGGCAACUAUAAUUUCGUCAACAUAGCUUUUCUUGUAACAUUUGGCAAUGGGCAGACACCCAUGAUUAACCUCGCUGGCCACUGCGACCCCUCCGGCAACGGUUGCUCCGGGUUGAGCUCCGAUAUCCAAUCGUGUCAAGCAAACGGAAUCAAAGUCAUUCUUUCCAUUGGUGGAGGCGCCGGGAACUACAGCCUCUCUUCAGCAGACGACGCCAAGCAGGUAGCUGCUUAUCUGUGGAAUAACUUCCUCGGAGGACAAUCAAGUAAUCGCCCGCUCGGAGAUGCUGUUCUCGACGGCAUUGACUUCGACAUCGAGCUAGGGACGAACCUGCACUGGGAUGAUCUGGCAAUGUACCUUUCCCAAUACAGUAAUCAGGGGCAGAAAGUUUACUUAACGGCAGCUCCUCAGUGCCCUUUCCCUGACACCUGGCUAGGGGAUGCCCUGAAAACCGGUCUUUUUGACUACGUCUGGGUCCAAUUCUUCAACAACCCCCCAUGCCAAUACACAUCCGGAAACACUACAAAUUUAGUGAAUGCCUGGAAUCAAUGGACUCAGGAUAUUCAGGCAACUCAAAUUUUCUUGGGACUUCCGGCAUCCCCUGAGGCUGCCGGAAGUGGGUUCAUCCCGGUAAACGAUCUCACGUCUCAAGUGCUGCCCGCCAUUAAAGGAGAUUCAAAGUAUGGAGGCGUGAUGCUGUGGUCAAAAUACUAUGAUGACCAAACUGGGUACAGUUCCUCCAUUAAAGCGGCUGGCAUCGCCAAUGCUAGAAACAAAUUUGUAAAAGUAGUUAUACGCGAGGCGCAAGGCAAAGUUCAGAGAUUAAAGCUUACCGCACCUCAGUCACAGAACUCAGAGUCUACCGCACCUCGGUUACAGAGAUCAGAGCUUAUCGCACCUCAGUCACAAAACUCAGAGCUUACCACACCUCAACUAUUCGCCGAGUCAAAUGGUCUCAGUUCUAGAUACCGUAAUGCUGAGUCUGGUCAGGAAAGGAAUCCAGUGAACUGUGCCAUUAAUGGCAAUGGUAUCAUAAAGAUAUACAAGUAUGUGUGAUGCUCCCUUCAUAUUGGUAUAUAAAUUUAAGAGGCUGUCUUUAACCCUCGAUCCGCUCUCGUUUCUUUCCCUCAAGUCCUCCAUUCUCCCUAGUGCCUCAACUAUUUCCUUUUAUUAUUGAUUUCCAACUUGAAAGUAUACUUGAUUGAUGAACUAGAGACUCUGAUAACUAACAAAAGUAUUGGUUUGCAUGGGGAAAACCAGAUACAGAGCAAAAGUGAGUUUGCAAUAAGGAUGCUCCCUCAGA